CACAUUGGAAGUGCUGUGAGAGGCAUUCCUGCCUUUACAGACAUCGACACGGGUGUAGGAUGGCUCCUGCGCCCUGGUUCAGUCUUAGAGCAAGUGUGUGGCCUCGCUCACAACUCACUCCAUUUUACCAGUCGCGAGGGCUACAGGUUCGCUGAGACACCAGACAUCAUCAUGACUGACCACAGCUUCAUACAGUUCACUGUCUCGCUCGGCUGUAAGGACGCCGGCGCCUGCUUUGAGGUGGAGUUGGAAUACUCGAUCGACCAGGGAGCUUCAUGGUGGCCAGUGAAGGAGUCUUGUCUGCCCUCUGACCCAGACUGUACAGAGUACUGGCCAGCCUCAACACUCAUCUCUGACCUCUACACAGGACCAUCCCAGAUCAACUUACUUGUCCCGCACCGAGUAAGGUCAGAGCUGACACGUGUAAGGUUCAUCCAGCGAGAGGGUUGGAAGCAGCAACAUAGCUGGUCACUCUCUCAUGUUUACAUCGGUGACGAGUGUUAUAACGUGUGUUCUGGACGAGGCUUCUGUGACGCCGGCCACUGUCGCUGCCAGAAAGGCUGGACAGGAGACAGCUGUGAGGGACCAUCCAGUCCCUUGACCAAGUACUUGGUGGCAGACUUCGAGAGUGAGGACUGGAACACUGACUGGAGGAAGGUGGUGGGUGGCCAGCUUACUGAGCACUGUGGACCUAUCGCUUCAAGACAAGCUUUACACUUCCUCGGGAGCUGUAGCAGGUACCUGGAGACCAAGGACCUGGACCUGCAGGAUGCACUCUUCGUGCAGUUUGACUUGCGGACAGGGUGCCUGGAGGCCGUGAGAGGUGGCGAGGCAGGUGGAGACCACUCUGUCCUUCUACAAGCCUCCUGUGAUGCUGGCAUCUCCUGGACCACACUCAGGAAGCUUCUUCUAAUCUAUCAACAACCAAAGUACGUGUGGGUGUUGCUGCCGAAGGAGCUGCGGUGUGUGGGCGGCCGCGUGCGGUGGUGGCAACCCGAGGUAGGUGACCGCAACAAAUACGACUGGGCGGUGGACGGGGUGGUGGUGGGCGGCAGCGUGGAGCCGCCCCACAACCUCACCUACACCCACCCACAACACCUGGCUCCACCUCUCUGGCUCCGUCGAUACAACACUCGUACUGGUCAGCAGGAAUCACAGCGUCAACUUCAGGUUGGCACUGGGUUGUGGUGCGACCUGGGACAACACUGCCCAGCCCGUCAGACUUGAGUACUCGCUGGACUUCGGUCAGCGGUGGAGGUUGGUACGAGACUUGUGUCUACCAGGUAACAACAGUUGUGUUGACAUCACUGACGCCUCCAUCUUCUACGCUCCUCUCACCUGGCAAAGAUAUGUCUACCCACUCAACCAUAUUGGCCCAGCCAAGUGAGUACUUACACUCUCCUGUCUAUACACCAGCUGUAAAGUGAUGAUGACUUGAGAGAGACUUAGUUCCUACAUUAUUUCCAUGUCAGCAGCUGAACUGUGGAUUUAGAUUUAAGAUAAAAACAAAUGAUAACAAGGGAAGGGAUUCAGGGA